AUGUCUUCUACGAAAAAGGAGAAGAGGAAGGUUGAUUCCAAGGUGACGAAACCAGUCUCCAAGUCAUCUGUUGAUGUCGAAGCGAUCAAGAGGAAACUAAUCAGAUUAGAGGAGGAGAAGAAGAAGAGACAGCAGACAGUUGUCAAGCCACAGACAGAACAAGAACCAAUAGAGAAGACUUCGGAUUCUGAAGACGAAAAUGUAGCAGAAGGGGAAGAGGAAGAAGAAAUUCCCAAAGAUUUCUCCUCGUUCGGACUGCACAGUGAUAUUCUGGAGUCUUUGGUGAAGCUGAAGUUCACCUCUCCAACACCAAUUCAAGCGCAGUCCCUUCCACACAGUCUACAGGGAAGAGACAUUAUUGGUCUAGCCCAAACUGGUUCAGGCAAAACUGCUGCUUUUGCCAUUCCCAUUUUGCAAGCUUUGUGGGAAGCGCAGUCUCCAUAUUUCGCAUGUGUGCUCGCGCCUACUCGAGAGUUGGCGUAUCAAAUCAGAGAAACCUUUGAUGCCAUUGGAGCGAAUAUGGGGGUCAGAUGUUCGACUAUCGUUGGUGGAAUGGAUAUGAUGGAGCAGUCUAGAGAACUCAUGAGAAAACCUCAUGUGAUUGUUGCCACACCGGGUCGUCUCAUGGAUCAUCUGGAACAUACAAAGGGCUUUUCUUUGAGGGCAUUGAAGUUUCUCGUCAUGGAUGAAGCUGAUAGGCUGUUGGACAUGGAUUUCGGUCCAGCUCUCGAUAAGAUUUUGGCAAUAAUUCCAAGAGAAAGGACCACUUAUUUGUUUUCCGCUACUAUGACCAGCAAGAUCGAGAAGCUGCAAAGAGCCUCUCUAUCCAAGCCAGUAAAGGUUUCGGUGUCAAGCAAAUACUCCACGGUUGACACAUUGCAACAGUCAUUGAUGGUAGUUCCUGACGGGUACAAGAAUACGUAUCUGGUGCAUGUGUUGAACGAGAAUUUGGGCAAGUCCACUAUCGUGUUUACGAGAACGGUUGCGCAUGCCCAGAGAACGUCCUUAUUGGCCAGGAUUCUGGGAUUUUCUGCCAUUCCCCUCCAUGGUCAGUUAUCCCAGUCUCAGAGACUGGGUGCUUUGAACAAGUUUAAAGCUGGUGAGAAGCAAAUCUUGGUGGCCACCGAUGUUGCUGCUAGAGGUUUGGAUAUCCCUUCUGUGGAUCUGGUUGUUAAUUACGACAUCCCUACGGAUUCAAAGGCAUACAUUCACAGAGUGGGAAGAACUGCCAGAGCUGGUAGGUCGGGAAAGUCAAUUUCUCUGGUUACGCAAUACGAUUUGGAGCUGAUCCUCAGAGUGGAAAAAGCUAUUGACAUGAAGCUACCGAAGGAUACCCCAGACAGAAACGAGAUUCUGGCUCUGCACAGCUCGGUGGACAGAGCCUAUGCUGAGGCAGUGAGAAAGGUGAAAGAGAUACAUAGUCGUCGCAAGCCUUAG